AAUCUACUUUAAAUGUUUGAAUUGUUUGGUGAUUCUCGACGUAUCGGUUCCGAUGAGCCGUGUUUUGUUGUGGCCGAAUGUGGUCAGAACCAUAACGGCGACAUCGACUUAGCCAUCAAAAUGAUAAAUGAAUGCAAGCAUACUAUUGGUGCCGAUUGUGUUAAGUUUCAGAAAAGCAAUUUAAACGCAAAAUUUAAUGCCAAAGCUCUCAACAGACCCUACAAUAGUAUUCAUUCGUGGGGUAAGACAUACGGUGACCAUAAAAGACAUCUUGAGUUUACAAACGAACAAUUCAUUUAUCUAAGAGAUUAUGCCAGAAAUGAAGGCAUACUUUUUACGGCAUCGGCAAUGGAUAGCCAAUCGCUUAAAUUUUUAGCUCAAUUAGACGUACCCUUUAUUAAGAUCGGUAGCGGAGAUGUUGACAAUUAUCCAAUGCUUGAAUUGGCCGCUAAUUAUAAUAAGCCAUUGUUUGUGUCAACCGGAAUGCAUGACUUAAAUGUUGUAAAAACCGCCUAUAAUUUGAUUUCAACUAUUAAUAGUCAGAUCUGUCUUUUGCAUUGUGUGUCAACAUAUCCGACACCAUAUUGUGAUAUAAAUCUUAAAGUUAUCACUGAUUAUCAACAUUUAUUUCCUGAUGCUGUCAUCGGAUAUAGUGGUCAUGAAAUUGGUGUCGAAGUGAGUUUAGCUGCCGUAACACUUGGAGCUAAAGUAUUAGAAAGACAUCUAACAUUGGAUAAGACUAUGAAAGGUACCGAUCAUUCUGUAUCUUUAGAACCGCAAGAGUUCCGACAAAUGAUUACUCAAAUCCGUAAUAUAGAGUCAGCUCUUUCGGGACACAAACCAAAGUACAGACAAGAGUCUGAAUGGAUGUGUUAUCGAAAACUCGGUAAAUCUGUUGUCGCCAAACAAUUUCUGCCAAAAGGAAGUGUUCUCACAUUAGACUUAAUUGACAUCAAAGUCGCCGAACCUUUCGGUAUAAAUGCCUAUAAAGUGUUUGAUAUAAUCGGAAAAAUACUUAAUAAAGACGUUGAUUGUGACGAAAGCAUUCAAUUUGAAGACUUGUCUCCAAAUAGUGAAUAAAAUAAUUGAAUAUUUCAUGUAUUUCAUGACAUUUUUCUAACCGAUCCUAUUAUGUCGUUGUGGUCUUAAAAUAUCACUUUUAUGACAUUAGAUACACAUCUUUCUGUAGUACAUGAGU